GAGGCGGAUCCUUUCCGGCCGUGUCGUAAUUGUGUGACUGGCCAAUGCCUGGGCGGGACCGCAGCGUUUGAACAACAGGCAGAAAACGGGGCUGGCGGGAGAGUGUCACAUGGACGAGUGAAGCCGGCAAUGAAGACCCAAAAGAAUGUUCUUAAAGACAAACCCGCCAUUGGCGUUUGACUCUCCCAGCCGAGAGCUACAGUCCGUUCCUCUGCACCUGCUUGCACCCAAUAGACUGACUCCGCUAAAAGACUUAAAGAGACUGGCGCUGCGGCAGCGGGCCAAACCCAAUGCCCUCACAAGAGCCCUGCAGUCCACCCUGAUCCGAGAGGCCAGGCUGUCACCUGACUUUCCAAAUCUUAGCGUCAUUCAUGAGCAUCUUGGAGGAGGGUCCACGGAGGCCUCUAGGGCAGGGGUACCUCUAAUGAAUGGCUAUGGACCCCUAAGCCCCAGGAGCAGUGCAUCCAGCUUGACCAGUGAGGAAUUCGGUGCCAGCAGAGGCCGGAAAAGCGUCCUGAAAGCCUUCAAUCCAGUUUACUUUGAUCGGCCGGUUGACAACGCCGUCCUCUUAAAGAGACUAGGACGUGGGGUCGAUAUCCUGAGGGCGAAGACUGGCAGCGCAGUCCAAGGUAGUCUGAGGUCACGAGAGAAGAUGAAUGGUAAUGAUGGAGAUUCCUGUUCGGUGACGCCGGACUCCGAGCCACCUGACGAGCACCUACCUGCCACAUUUCCUGAAGAGCCUUUAGUUAACGGCUCCUCGCCAAACACACAUAACGUCAACCGGGAUCUGGGGAACAAAGGAGACGAUGAAAUGUCUCAAGGAAACCGUAACGGAGGCGUCAGACCCACAGCUCCAAAGAGAACUCCUGAGAACGCCUCAAAGCCGCCCGACACGGAGGAAGAGUUUGUGGAUCACUUUAAAGAACUGUGUGAACUGAUAAGUCGCUCCCAGCUGGUGCAGAUUCCCUGUAAGAAGGUGCCACGUGUCCCAGCUGCCAGCAGACCCAUGGAGGACCAUCCGAAAGAGGAGGAGAAGAUCUCGCUAACAGAGUGGAUUGUGAAAAGUCUGGAGACCAAUGUAAUAUGCGUGGAGGGAAAGCGUUUGGACAUGACCGGCGUCUACUGGCACAGUAAUAGCAUUGCACACCGAAUCCAGCGCAACAAAGUGAGGACCGUCACGGGGCGAGUAUACGAACUAAGUGGGCGAGCGGACACCCUCACCAUGCGUGAAGCGGGGUAUCCGCCAUGGCUGAUACAGAAGUUUUCAAGGGGAUUUCCGGAGAAUUGGGAGAGUUACGUCAGCUAUUUCUCCAAGCCGUCGGUCAGGAAGCGAGCGACGAAAUCCAAGCCGCCUGCUGAACCGCAGAAAACCAGCGAUGACGCAAACCAUCAAAGAGAAAGCAGAAACCUCGUGGCCACAAGCUCUGAUACGGACCACGAGCGAGGACCUCUGAAGAGGAAGGUGGCCAGCAGGAAGACGGAACGUGCGUUAGUCAGGGAUGUGAACGCUCAACUCUCCAGAGUCAGCAGGCGAAGCACCCCCGCAGACAGAGUGCAGCUGAGCAACACUUCUUGUGUGUCUACAACGAGCCGCAGCGGCCGUCAGAUAAGACCUGUCCUCAAGUAUUGGUGCGGGGAGCGGCUGUCCGUCGACUGUCUGAUGAGAACGUACGUUGUCAGAGAGGGAACAGACCAUUUGACCUCUCCAUUGGAGAGAGUUUUUCGGGGAUCGUCCAUUAAAAAAAGGAAAACUUCCCGCAAGAGAAAUCUGCAAAAGGAGUCUCCUGAGAUUAAGAGGACAUCAGAGCCGGAAGCCGAACAAAACCAGUUAAAUGUGACGCCUCCGUCUACCCGUCGGAAAGGAAAUGAGAGGGACUGUAAAGUUCUUCUGAAGUCCCCUCGAGUGAAGCUCACCCCCAUGCAUAACAAACGAGACCUACAGCUGAAGUGUUUCCAGAAUAACCUUCUUUAUAGUAGUCAGACAGAGACGUCUACAGAGAGCUCCAACAGUGGACCGGAUGAGGAGGAAAGCGAGCGCCGGGUCACUACAAGAAAAGGCUCAUCGGCUGCGAGAACCGCGUCAGACAAGCGCGACAAUGGCGACGGCCACGGCGAAGCAGAAAAGUUCUCCUCUUUAUCUAUUAAACGGAAGCAGAGAGCAAUCCCUGAAGAGAAAGCUUUACUGACGGAGACAUGUAGCCUCACUAGAUCUGCGAGCUCCAGUGAUGGUCUGCAGAGCGCUGAAGAAAACGGUAGGGGGCAUCUUUCUCAUCCUGCACAAUGUCAGAAAGCUCCUACAGCCUUAUCGGAGGCAGGAGAAGACGAUUAUUCUGGAAAAAGCUCUGAAGAAAGGAGAAGAAAUCAGAAGAUAUCAAAUCGGUCGUCUCGUCCUUCUCGACUGUCUAGUGAUUUGGAAGGAUCCUGUGGUUCAAAGGAAGAACGCGUUUUGAGGAAAGACACUAAGAAACCGAGCAGCAACGACAGAAAACCUCUGUCUAGUAACCCUGCAGUAUUGCACAGAAAACCUUCCUCUUCUGAUUUUGCAGAAUCUCAGGACUCUGAGCAGGAAAAUAUUUUGGACAAGAAAUCUAGAAAGACGCGGGCGGCCAUGAAGAAGAAAGCAUCUCGAUCUAAACAACCGCUAGCAGAAGAUGAACACUCCGAGAAGGAAACCUUUCCUGGAAAGGAAUCUAAGACCCAUGUCCAGAAAAAAACCCUGCAAAUUCAGCCUAGUCAGAGUAAGACAAAUCCAAGUAAUUUAGAGGACUCUGAAGACUCACAAGAUGAGGCAGUUUCAAAAACAUUAACGAGUGUAAAAGUGGUAAAACCAACUUCUGAACUUUCUCCAGAAAAUAGAAAUCGGUCUUCCCGUUUGGCAAAGCAUGUCGUUUAUUCCAUGGCCUCUGCGGACUCUGAUGCUGCUGAAAAGAACACAGCUUUGCGAAGGCGCCUUAAGGCACCGGAUGACUUGUGGAAGACACAGGCAAUCUCUGUACCUAGGAGAAAACAGCCUCCUCGUUCCAAAAAAACACAAAAACCUUUAGUGGAUCCUCUAGAUUCGGAAUCUGAGACUAUCCCAAGAAAGGAUCCUAGGCAGUCAAAUAAUUCCCAGGAGAAACAAAGUCUCAAGAAAUCUCAAGAUUCAGAAGAGGAACCAGAAUCGAGAAAAGACUCCAGGGUGGGAGCUGAUACUCAAAAGAAACAAAAACAGACUGGAUUCGUUGAAUCUCAAGAUUCAGAAGAGAAGUCUAGAUCAAGAAAGAACAUGAAGCAAGCAGAUAGUACUCAAAAGAGACAAAAGCCACCAUCUCAUCUGGAGCAAAAACAGGUCGGUUCUGGGGAAUCUGAAGAUUCAGAAGAGGAACCAGUAUCCAGAAAGGACUCCAGGAUGGCAGCUAAUACUCAAAAGAAACAAAUACAGGCUGGCGCCAUGGAAUCUCAAGAUCCAGAAGAGAAGUCAAGAUCCAGAAAGAACAUGAAGCAAGCAGAUAGUACUCAAAAGAGACGAAAGCCACCAUCUAGACUGGCACAAAAAAGGAUUGCUUCAGUAGAAUCUGACUGUUCAGAAGAGCCGACCAUAUCAAGGAAGGUUUCUAGUCGAAGGAUCGGUGCACAAAAGAGACAAGCCCUUAGUGAACCUGCUCCAGAAAGACGACCACCUGCCAGUUCUGCAAAACAGAAGACUGAUUUAGCGGAAUCUCAAGAUUCAGAGAGGGAAGCCUCUUCAGGAAAAGGCUCCAGGCAAACUAGUGAUGUGAAAAAGCAACCACCUUCUGAUCUGGCCUCAUCUAGAAGAAAGGAGACAUCACCCCCCCAUCAAGAACCGCAGAGCGUUACUGAAGAGGAAGGAAAGCUGGGAAGUCCUCAGAAGAAGCCAACAGAAACCAGUCUGCCAAAUACAGGAAAGCAGACACUCGGUUUUGUGGAGUCUAAGGAUGAUACAUCUUCUGAUGAGGACAGUAGUUCAUGGAAGGAACUAAGUUUGCAUAGGUUUCCUAAAAGAGCUAUAGUUCACACUCCUGCCCCAACUAGAAGGAAGACUCCUUCAGCAAUCUACCAGGAGAGCAACUCUGAGAGAGCGCAAGGAAAAGCUCUUGGUUCUCAGAAGAAGCCGAAAGAGCUUAAACCAAAUGCAGUCAGAGGCUCGGGCGGAGGAUCCAAGGUCAGCGACGAUGAAGACUACAAACCACAUGCAGGCCAAAAGAAACCGAAGAAGGCAAGCAAAAGCGGCAAAAAUGCAGAGUUUAGAGACGAUGAACAAAAGCACCCACAGAGAAACGGCUCUGCUGUAAAAUCAUUGGGGAGUCGGACGCCCCUUGAUCCGUUCUCCGCAAUAAUUCAUGAAGAAGAGUGGACAGAGAAGGAGGUGAAGAAACUGUACAAAGCUAUGUCCUCGCUGCCAAAGCACAAGAAAGGGUUCUGGCUGGAUGUCGCCAUGGCCGUGGGAAGCCGCUCCGCAGAACAGUGUCAGGAGAAGUACCUGGAGAAUCAGCAGACCAAGGCUACUAAGGCGCCCCCCAAGAAGAAAGUCAUUUCUAGCAAGAAAAAGAAGCAAACAAGUAACGGUAAGGAAAAGGAGGCCGUAAAAAUCACCGCCAAAGUGGGGACGCUAAAGCGGAAGCAGCAGAUGCGGGAAUUCCUGGAUCAGAUGCAGAAAGACGAUCACGACGACGUGUUCAGCGCUACCCCCUUCCAGAGCAAGAGAGUGAAGCUUCCAUCAUUCAGAGCAAAUCACGAGGACGAUGUCUUCCAGAUGGAGCACAUUGACCCCACCACACCUUCAUCUUCCAUUUUCCCGCUGGCCAACACCCCCCAGUGUGAACAUAUCACUCCAGGGAUGAUGGGUUCUAUCAACAGGUCCAACAAUGACAAGUUUGUGUACAGGAUGCAGAAGGACAUUAAACAGAGCACGUUCACAGGAUGGGGCCACGUGAACAAGAAAAUGGGUUCCCAAAUGACUCCCACCUCUCGAAGAACAUCCUCCUUAAAUAAAGGCUCUAAAGACACCUCCGUCAUUGGGAGACUCUUCAGGAAGGAUGACAAGCCCAACUCUGAUGAAGACGAGGAGGAGGAAGAUUAUUACUUCUCGGGGGAGGACCAGUAACUGUGCCUUGUGUGCCUGCGGUAACUGUGCCUUGUGACACUCUGCCUUACAACAGGCAAGUCCUUGUAUAGCUUAAAAAAAAGAAAAAAAAAAGUUUUUAGCGAUUUGUAAUGUAGUGUACAGCUGUUUUUAUUUGGCGCUCUGUACAUAGCUCCUCCCCUUUUAAUAACCUGUGCCGGCAUUUCUUCACCUGGUGUGAUUAUUUUUAGUUUUGUAUCAUCGAUGCUUCUUGUAUAAAGCUUCCUCCUCCAAG